UCCCAACUUCAUGCACAGCUUGCCCCCUUCCCCAGCACACAAGCCCUGCUGAACGCUGUUAGCAGAGGACUUAGUGGAGGUCUGGCUUCUCUUCCAUGAGCUGCUUGCCAUGUGUUGUGUCAUAUUUCUGGUGAGGUCUUUUCUGUUUUGUGAUGUUCCGUGGAUGAGACCUUCACAGAAGCCUCUUAUCAAUCCUUCCUGCAUAUCUCUUAUUUUCGGACAAUUGCAUGAAACCCAUGUAUUAUGUGCAUCUUGCAAUGGGAUUUCCCCUGUCACCACAGUCAACACACCUCAGCAUUUCUGUCUUUGCAGGUUGUUGGCAUAAAACAGAUGAGGAGGCCUGUUGUGAGCAGAGUGUAUCUGACCAAGGAGAGUCGAAGGUCAGGGCCCCUAAGACAGAGCCAGCAACCCAGAGGACCCAUCUGUGUAAGCGGUGCUUCUCUGUGUUAAAAGCUAUUCUGCACCUGACUGAGUCACAAGCCGCAGACCUUGAGCAGAAAGCCUUCUUCAGGGACGCAUUUGUGAGAGACUUCUGUUUCACUGCAAACCCUCACCAGCAACAGAGAGAUGGCACUCGAGAGAAGCCCUGGAGAGAAGCUGUGGACAGGGCCUCGUUUGUGACCAGGUGCAGCUUCUACUCAUCUUGGCUGCCUUCAUCCAGGAGGGAGGUUGGGGAAGAUUUCCCAGCCAUCUCAGAGCUUCUCCAGCACCAGGCCCCUCUCGACACUGAAGAGCCACACAGGGGCAGUGAGAUUUCACAGGAAUUUCUCAAUAGAAAAAGGCAUCACCAGUGGAGUGAAGGUGAAAAAUCUGCCAGCCACAAACGGAAAUUUGUACAACAUCAGGCGGUCUGUUCUGGAGAAAAUAGUCAUGAGUGUAACAAAUGUGGGAAAGUUUUUAGCCGUAUCUUUAACCUCAAUCGACAUAGAAGUGUUCACGCUGGAGAAAACCCAUAUGAGGAUAGUGAUUGUGGGAAGGCCUUCAGUCAGAGCUCUGACCUCAGUCAACGCAAGAGGAUUCACACUGGGGAGAAGCCUUUCGUGUGCAGUGACUGUGGGAAGGCCUUCAGAGAAAAGUUAACCUUUGUUAAACACUACAGACUUCACACUGGAGAAAAGCCGUAUGCGUGUACUGAUUGUGGAAAGUCAUUCAGGCAAUCCUCAGCUCUCACUUAUCAUCAGAGAGGUCACAGUAGAGAAAAUUCUUAUGAGUGUAGUGACUGUGGGAAGGUCUUCCAUCAAAGGUCCUGCUUUACUAUACACCUUAGACUUCACACUGGACAAAAGCCCUAUGAGUGUACUGAUUGUGGGAAGUCCUUCAAUCAAAGCUGUCACCUCACCCAACACCAGAGAGUUCACACUGGUGAGAAACCUUUUCAUUGUACUGAUUGUGGGAAGUCCUUUAGGCAAAAGUUUACCCUCAUUCAACACCACCGAGUUCACACUGGAGAAAAGCCAUUUGAGUGUAGUGACUGUGGGAAGUCCUUCAGGCAUGGCAAUUCACUUACUCUACACAGGAGACAUCACACUGGUGAGAAACCUUAUGAGUGUAGUGAAUGUGGAAAGUCUUUUAAGAGCAGUAGUCACCUCCUUUACCACAAGAGAACUCACACGGGAGAAAGGCCCUAUGAGUGUAGUGAUUGUGGGAAGGCCUUCAGCCAAAGAUCCAAGCUCAUGGACCACCACAGAAGUCACACUGGAGAAAAGCCUCAUGAGUGCAGUGAAUGUGGGAAAUGUUUUCGCUACAAACCUAGCCUCCUCAGACAUCUGAGGGGUCACACUGGAGAAAAGCCUUAAAUGUGCAGAGAAUGUUUUAUCUUCCAUCUUUCUCACUCUACAACACUAAGGAGACUCAGACCCAUUUACCUGAAUAUAAACGCCUUUUAUCUGAACAUACACUCUGCUAGAUUCCUCAUUUACCAGAGGUACAAGUGAGGCCUGAAGGAGCUGCAUUGCACUUGCUAACUUGCCGAGGACUCCUACCUCAUUGAUGUCACUGUGAGGAUUUGUGGCUGAAGAGACCUCCUCUACCAGCUGGCUCACCUGCACAGUGUGCACCCGUCACCACCCCUGGUGCUCAGGGGAAAGGAAUUCUGUGUUCCCCCUUGUGUAUGAGGAAGUUAUGAACACUCUGAGCUCUAAGAAGGAACUUUAUUCCUUACUCUCCAGAGAAUUGACCUGACCCCGGGUUCGUCCAGAGCCCCCGUCCUCAGCUCAAGAAGCGCUACCUCUUUCAGGGACAUGGUGCUCCUCACCUCAUGCUGCUAUGGAUUGUUUCCGGUUCCAGUUCACCAGCCUGCACGCUGCUUGCUGUGCACUGCUCUGGUUUAUGUUUUUGUAACGGCGUUUUUGGUUUUGUACCUUUAAUUUUGUUGGUUCUAUUCACUGCCUGGGAUGAUUUGCAAGCACAGUUGUGAUUUGUCAGCAUGUAGAGUUAACAGAUAUGGUAACUCUGUGAAGGGACCGCAGAAUGGCAGAAAAUCACUGUUUGUCUAAUAUUGACUUAUUUUGUGUUACUGCCCAAGGCCUUGAAAUAAAGACCGCGUGACUUUGUGUUUCAUUUA